AUGUUCAGACAAUCAUUGAUUUAUAUAAAUAGGCCGAAGAAACUGGUCAACCCAGUUUAUUUGCGUCAUUAUGUGAAGACACAGAUACCAAUUACUACCUUCGAGUUUAGUAAACCCAAACCCCAGAACAAGUUUCGGCCCUUGGUAUACCGUGUAGCUAUUGUUGCCACAGGUUUGGGAACGGCUUAUUACAUUGAUAACCAUUAUUAUUCGGCAUUAAUGACACGUUCAGUGCGAGCAGUAUAUGUGUUAUUAUGGAUAGCCUAUGCAUACGGUUUCAAUUCCAACUCCUACAAAAACAUCGAUGAUUUACAUGAAAUUGCUUCGGAUAAACUAUUACACUUGUUAACUACCAACAAAGGUUUGUAUAUCAAAUUGGGACAGGCAAUUGCCAAUCAAGGCAAUCUUUUCCCACUUGCUUAUCAAAAGAAAUUCCCACAAUUGUAUGAUCAAGCACCAGUACAAAGUUGGCAAGAUGUUGAUCGUACUUUAAAGGAGAAUUUGGGCGAUGAUUAUCAAACUCGGUUAUUUGAAACGAUUGACCACGAACCUAUUGCAAGUGCAUCUAUUGCCCAAGUUCAUUAUGGGAAAUUGAAAAAUGGAGAAGAGGUUGCCAUAAAAGUUCAACAUGGUUAUAUUGAGAACCAAAUAGUUGUUGAUUUGAUGAUUUAUCGAUUUAUUUCCAAAGUAUACGAAAAAGUGUUUGAUAUCCCUUUGAGUAUGUUUACCAAAUACAUAUCUGAGCAAUUGAUUAAAGAAACCGAUUUUGUUCAUGAAAUGCAAAAUUCUGAAAAACUAAAAAAAUUGAUUGAUAAUGAUUCAAGUUUGAAACAUGAUAAUAUAAAGCUUCCUAAGAAUUAUCCCCAUUUGACUACCAAACAAGUACUUACAGCGGAAUGGAUAAAUGGGAUUCCAUUAACUAAUAAACAAACGUUGUUAGAUCACAACUACGAUUUGACUUUAAUUAUGAAACAGUAUAUAAAAUUGUUUGGCAGACAGAUUUUUGAAUAUGGAUUUAUUCAUUCUGACCCUCAUCCAGGGAAUUUAUUGGUUUGUUUUGAUUCCAACAAUAAACAACAGUUGGUUUUAAUAGAUCAUGGAUUGUAUAUUACAUUAUCGGAUUUAUUUAGGUUGCAAUAUUGUAAUCUUUGGCGUUACUUGUUUCUGUUAAACACUAAAGGCAUUGAGAAAAUUGGCAGAGAAUGGGGGAUAUCUUCUAUUGAUUUAUUUGCUACAGUUGUUCAAUUACGACCGGUAUUACUUAGUCCAGAAGUACAAAGCAAUGAAAAUGGAGAAGAUCACCGUAAUAUAUCUGAUUUGUUUCGAGAUUUUAUAGGUGACGAAAAGAAAUUUCCUGGCGAACUUCCGUUUUUAUCAAGAACAAUGAGAAUGAUACAAAAUUUAAACCAGAGUUUUGGGAGUCCAGUAAAUAGAAUUAAUCUAUUAACAAAGGAACUGAUCAAUGCAUUGUUACUGGAAAAAGACUUGAAGUUUGGAAAUUAUUGGGAUCUUCUUCGAAUAAAAAUAACAUUAUUGUUUUCAGGAUUCAUGUUUUAUAUUGUUAGAUUAAGACAAAUUUUAUCAGGUGAUAGAUUUGGUGGUAAAGGUAAAGGACUAGAAGAUUACAUUGAGAUGUAUAUGCAAAACACUGCAAAAUCAUUAGGAAUGGAAUGGAUUUAG